AUUGUAAUAUCAAAUUAAGUCUCCAAGACGUCCCAGAUAGCAAACUGUCUGUGAAUUUGCUGUCAUUUUGCCGACAACCGUUGCAACAUCUGAUUUAGACAAACUACAAUAAAAACAAGGUGAGACUUCAUUAUGCGUGUCGUUUUGAGGUCACAUGAAUUCCAAUUGUAAUGUCAGCAAGUUACCGGCAAACUGACGGCAACAUGUUCACAACGAUUCGUUCUUCAUGAAGGAGUGAUUGUGACAGCAAAAUUCCGGCAAACUAACGCCAACAUGUGCACACAGAUUUGUGACAGCAAAUGGCCGGCAAACUGACGACAACAUGUGCAUAUUGAUUUGUGACAGCAAAUCGCCGGUAAACUGACGGCAACAUGUGCAUAACGAUUUGUGACAGCAAAUUGCGGGAAUUCCUUGUCGUCGAUUUGCCAUCUGUGAUUAGUAGCAUAUUGAUGGCAAUUUAGGAGCACUAUUUACAAAAAAAUGAGAGUCACUGCUCUGCCUGUGGAGCACGCCUGCGCAGUGACUCACGACGAAAGGCGAGAAAUGAAAUAUACGCGGUGGGACAUAUUAUAAUAAUACAGACUCAGAUGAAAUGAAUACUCCCGUAUCAAAUGGAAAUGAGGGAACACAGAACAGACAAGAAUCAUCCGAUGUAAGUCUUAUACUGCGGAAGACAUCCGAGAAAGCAACAGCCAUCUUCUAUAGCAGAAGCAAUGAUAUUAGAUACAGAAGCAGCUGUUAUAGCGAAUUUUGAAUUUUUGGGACAUACAGACAUGGACAUGGAAGAGGAAGAAGGAGAUGGAGACGAUGAAAUUUAUGAUGCAAAUACAGAUACCAAACCAAAUAAAGCAUCUAUACCCCUUCUAGCGGAAGAUGUUGAUACAGAUGCAGAGGCAGAAGUAUUAAAUGAAUUAAAUCUCCUCACAGAAAUUGAAGAAUCACCACCUGGUUCUAUCCAUCUGGAAAUGAAUUCUUCAAAGGGGUUAGUAAAUCCCUUUUUAUUCGUGUACUUUAAGAUAAAAUAUAAACCUACUACAAUAAUAGAUAUUCGAAAUUCGCUAUAAUAGCUGCUUCUGUAUCUAAUAUCAUUGCUUCUGCUAUAGAAGAUGGCUGUU